CCGCGCGCCACCCGCGACCGCCAUUCACGCACACACAACAGCACACACAAUGGCUGCCAUCACCACCUCUUCCGUCACCGCGGUGCGCGCCGUCAAGGGCGCCCGCGCCACCUUCGGCUCCCGCGCCGCCUUCGCCGCGCCUUCCGCCAAGGCUUCCAAGGCUCGCUUCGUCUGCCGCGCCGAGGGCGAGGCCGAGGCCCCCAAGGAGGAGGCUCCCAAGGCUGUCGUCAAGAAGGAGCGCAAGAAGGAUGACCUCUACAUGAUGGGCGUCUCCGACCAGAACAUGGCGUACCUCGACGGCACCCUCCCCGGCGACUUCGGCUUUGAUCCCCUCGGCAUGUCCGACCCCGAGGGCGCCGGCGGUUUCGUCAACCCCCAGUGGCUCGCCUACUCCGAGGUGAUCCACGGCCGCUGGGCGAUGCUCGGCGUCGCGGGCAUCGUCGCGCCCGAGAUUCUCGGCGGCAUGGGCGUCAUCCCCGAGUCCACCGGCCUCGUGUGGUUCACCAGCGGCGCCAUCCCCCCCCAGGGCACCUUCGACUACUGGGCCAACCCCAUGACCAUCUUCUGGGUCAACAUGUGCAUGAUGAACUUCGCGGAGAUCAAGCGCGGCCAGGAUUACUGGUUCCCGGGUUCCCAGGCGGAGACUCCCCUCCUCGGCUGGGAGAAGGGUUUCGGCGGCUCCGGCAACCCCACGUACCCCGGCGGCAAGUGGUUCAACCCCUUCAACCUCGGCAAGGACGACAUGGCGUCCAUGCAGAAGAAGGAGGUCAAGAACGGCCGUCUCGCCAUGAUGGCGUUCCUCGGCUGCAUGGUGCAGGCUGCCGUCACCGGCGAGGGCCCGUGGAAGAACAUCUGCGACCACGUCGCCGACCCCUUCGGAGCCAACAUGCUCGCCAACUUUGGCGCCAUCGGCGGCGCCUCCCCCUUCUAAGCGAAGUAACCUCUGGCGGGUGGUGGCGUGUCGUGCGACAAUUCGGAUGUGAUGAUUGCGGUGGUACAGCGCGUGUGUAGUGCGUGCUUUUGUCUUAGCUAAACAACCCGCCGGCGUCGACAAAGACGCCGGCGGGAUCAAUACACAAAUCUAAAAAAUAAAUCU